UCGGUCUCAGCCCCGAAGCCUCGGCGCCCGCAUUCCUCUCCACAUCAAGAUUGCUGUAAAGAGAGAGAGCGCGAGCGAGAAAUAGCAUAAAUAACAACAUGAUCACACAGUGGACUAAACCAAACUGAGAGCGUCACUGGAUUCAGCGUACCGCUCGCGUUUUACAAAAGAAUACAAGCGCAAGACGACUGGAGACGCCUUCGCAACUUUCCUCUCUUUCCCAUUUCUAAAGGGUUGAAAAAUUCUUAAACGUCGGGUUUUUUCCUCUCUCUCACUCUCUUCUUUUUUUUUUAAGAGGAAAACAAGAUGGCUGAUGACAGCCAGUGAUAAGGGCAAAACGGAGCGUUUACCUUUAAGAGAAACAGGGGUAUAAAUUAUUUUUUUAAAGAAUUUUGUAAUUUAAACCAGCGUUGUACGCGGUUAUCGCUGUUUAUGAGCAAAUAUCUAUAUAUCUGGUUAUUAAAGAAUGUUUCUAUUUUUGUCGAAACUGAAGCCCGUGUGCUGAAACGGUAGGAUCCUGCCUUUUGGGGAAUUGUGUCGCCGACCGUUUGGUCUGAUAGAAAGGCGUCAGCGGAGCCUUCAUAAUAUCACGCUUAAAAUAAUUUAAACGAAUCUAUUUUAAUAUAUAUAGAAGAAUGUAUAUAUCUAUUUUGGUUACCGAAUUGAAAGAGUCGUCUGUACAGGACUGACUUCCCUUUUGUAGCAAACGGCAGAGGAGGAGGAGGUGUUGUCGGUGGAAGGGAGGGGGGCGAAGAGGAAGGGGGUACAUUUGGGGGAAAAGGAAAAUAAUAGCAUUGAGAAUGUUGCCGAUUCCGUUCUGCGCCACGUACGUAUACGUUUAAUACGUAUAUAUAGUAUAUGUAUACCUUAUUAGAAAUCACAGACGUAAUAGUGGCAGAGGCCUUGUGUAUAGAAUCAAAUUGUAAUUGAUUACUUUGUUACACAGAAAAGCCUUGUAGCGUAGUUGCUGCUGGCAACGACUGUCUACCAUUACGGAUAACUGCUUUACGCAAAUUAAAACGGACAUUGGGGUUCGCUCUGUUUUCCCUGAAGAAGCCUAUCCUGAGGGAUAUUCCCAGCAGUACCGAGAAUUGAUUUUUUUUUUCUUCCUCCGCAUACCGAGUCCCCGCGCGCAGUAACUUGUUGGAUUGGAUCGUGUCGCUUUUAACACCCAUGACCCUAGGGCACUUCGAAGAUACCCGCAGCGGGCGGAACGACUGGCGACGUUAAUGACGUUUGAAACCAGCCUGAGAAAGGCCGCACUUCCGUGCCGCUCCGAGUAAGUAAGAAAGACGCAGCUGUGGCGGACUAUCGGUAGAUGUCCUGUUGUUUUUCUGGAGGAGGGGUGUGAGAGAGAGGAAGCAGCACCUUCUUGUUGUUAUUUUUUUUUACAUUUAAAGGCGUGAACUGACGAUUACUUUAAGGUCAUGAUUGACCUCAUCUGUCUUUUUUAAAAUCUUUUUAAAUAAGGAGCCUUUACUGUUUCUCAUCUGUUACUGGGAGUGUUUUUAUUGUGGCCAUCCGGAUUACUGGCGUUCACAUUAGCCGAUGGAGUUAGGAUUGUAAAAAUCGUUUCCCUUGGAAUGAGAACAGUGUUGCUAUGGAAUGGGCGAUAUUUUAAAGGAAAGCACAUCAAUAAAAGCACAACUUUAGUUCACGAAGGAACGUUUUUGAAAUUGGUUUUGGUCUCUCUGGGUUAGGCUCUGUCUCCACCCAGUAAGGAACUGGAAUGUGAACCGUUUUUAAAGCUAUACGAACUGGCAGUUUAUUUAUUUGGCUUAAGGCGAAACGUCUGAGGAACAACUUUGGUUUAAGUUCCCUACCAAAAAACCUUUAUCAGGAAUCUUAGUGUAUUUGAUCUCGCUAGUUUAAGAGCAAACCUGGGACACCUUGCUUGAAAUUACUCUUAGCUCCCGUAUUUCGGGGAUUUUAUUUACGGAUCAAGGAGUUGGGGACAUAUUUAAAAAACAAACAGACACAAGUUUUUAAAAAAAUUAAUGAGACAGCCAGCCCAAAGAGAGCGGCCAUGGCUGAAAACUGGAAGAACUGCUUCGAAGAGGAGCUGAUCUGCCCGAUCUGUCUUCACGUGUUUGUGGAGCCCAUCCAGCUGCCAUGCAAACACAACUUCUGCCGCGGCUGCAUCAGCGAGGCCUGGUCCAAAGACACGGGCCUGGUCCGCUGUCCAGAGUGCAACCACGCAUACAACCAGAAACCGGUCUUGGAGAAAAACCUGAAGCUGACCAACAUCGUGGAGAAAUUCAACGCGCUGAACGUAGACAAGAGCCCCACUGUGCUCCACUGCAUCUUCUGUCGCCGGGGCCCACCACUGCCGGCACAGAAGGUCUGUCUUCGGUGCAACGCGCCCUGUUGCCAGUCUCACGUACAGACGCACCUGCAGCAGCCUUCCUCCAAUCCGGGGCACUUCCUAGUCGAGGCCGAGGAUGUGCGGGCCUGGAGCUGUCCUCAGCAUGAUGCCUACCGCCUGUACCACUGCGAGACCGAGCAGGUGGCCGUUUGCCAAUACUGCUGCCUGUCCAGGUGCGGGGCCAACCACAACCACUCCGUGUGUGACGUGGAGAGCCGCAGAAACGACAUGCGGCAAAUGUUAAUAAAGCAACAGGACAGGAUAGAAGAGAGAGAUCAGGACAUUGAAGAACAGAUCUAUAAGCUGGAGUCUGACAAGCGACUGGUAGAGGAUAAGGUUCAACAGUUGAAAGAGGAAGUGAGACUGCAAUACCAAAAGAUGCAUCAACUUUUAGAAGAGGAUUUGGGGAAGACCUUGGAGAUUCUAGACAAAGCCCGUUCAAAAUUUUGUGAAGAAAACUCUUCUCAGAUCCUACAGCUUAGUGAACGUCGCCAGGAAGCCAAAAAGUUGCUUAGCUCUGUGCAGAUGGUUUUUGACAAGAUGGAGGACAUUAACUUCAUGAAGAAUACUAAAGCUGUGAAGAUUUUGACAGAUAGAGCGCAGAAUUGUACAGGGAGUGGAUUACCUCCUCAUAAAGUGGGCCAUCUCAAUUCUAAACUGUUCCUUUCAGAGAUCUCAAAGAAAGAGAAGAGUCUAAGAAAGAUGCUGGAAGCUCCUUUUAGCACUCCAGCUCACUUCCUCCAGAGCAUUCCUGCGUAUCCCUGUACCCUUAGUGGUUCUGGAGCGGAGAAACGCAAGCACUCCACUGCCUUCCCAGAAAGCAGCAACUUCCUGGAUUCUCAGCCUGGAAAAGUUGGAAAGCAGUUCCUGUCCCAGGGUUCCACUUCAGGAGAGGGUCAAUCUGCACAAGCCAUGGUGCCUUGCAGCUCAACCCAGCACAUUGUAGGACUCGGCAGCACAGCCCAGGCCGUCCAUUCCAGCUCAGUCUUCCCCACCUCUCACUACCCUAAUGGGAGCACCUCUCAGCAACCCAUGCUUCCACCUUACAGUGGCCGUAAAAUUUUGAUGUGCACCGUGGACAACUGUUACUGCUCUGGAGUCCCAUCAGUGUCAAAUCAUAGCAGCCACCCCCCCUACCCAAGGUCCAGCUCAUUUGCCUGGACAGUGACCUCCCAAGAGUACUCUCACUCACUCCCAUCUGCUCCUUCAGUGCCGCAGUCACUCCAGGGGCUGUCUGUACGGGACUGGAUAGAUGCCUCUCAGACACACAGGCAUCCCGACUUUUAUGGGCUCUAUGGCCAAUCUUCCACUAAACAUUAUGUCACAAGUUAACCUUUGACAUUAUCAAUAAUCCAUUACAGAAAGUGUGCAAAUAAAAUGAAAUAGUGUGCAUCCAUCAGGCCUUUUCCCCUAUCACCUCGUUUCUUUUAAUCAAAUUAAACUGCUAUUUUUAUUCCCUUUUUCUUUUUCCAAUCAACAUAUGUUAAACUUCACAGUUAAAUGUUGUCUUUAUUUAACUGGAAAUUUCAGUUUUAAGAGCAAUUGGUGCAUAGCUUACUGCUUUAAACUUUCAUCAUGUUUUUCAGUUGAAUGUUCUGCCUGACUUUCAAUGUAUUUGUUGCUGGGAUAUGUCCGGCAUACAUUUUUUUUUUUUCCUUUUUUUCUUUUAGGCAACCUUCUGUGGAGCUUAAAUUUAAUUUGCAACACAAAUCGGCACAGUGGGUUAAAAUCUUCAUGAAAUGGGAUAGAUUCCCAGAAUAUUCUGCUUGUCUCUGAGCACAGACAACUGUGUGGAUGGCAGUUUUUUUUAAUACAAAUGAACAUUCCCCCCCACCCUGAUUGUACAAGAGAGCAAGAAACAAGCUCUUAUUUAUUUUUAACUUCAUUUUUUUGUCAUAUUUUAAUAUUUUCUUUCUUAAAUCAUCUUGUGUGGAAAAGCAGACUGAUCCAGUUGCUUUUAAAGCUUAAGGUCUUCUUGGGAUUGCAGCAUAUCAAUGAAUGUUGGAUAUGGGAGACUCUUGGACUGAAAAGAUCAUUCAAGGCCUUGAGUUGAUACUUUUUUUAAUUUUCUACCCCACGUUGAACUUCCUGCGCCAAGCGCAUCAACGGGUCACUUCCUGUCUGUAGCUGUGAGCACUUGAGAGAGUGUAAGCACACUUCCUGUGUGUGAGUGAGUGAAUGUGCAUCAGGUGUGUGAGGGUUAGAGAAUUUUUUUCAUAAAUUUUAUAUGAAAGAUGUUCAAUUGCUUGGAAGAAGGUGGGGGGGGAGGGGGUCCAGUUGGGCAUACAGAGGGUCGAGCUUAUUUAAGAAGAGCUGUUCGGUUGACCGAAAAAAUGUGCUUGUAUACAUUUGUUUUGUAAAUAUUUUGUGAAACAAAAAAUGCAGAUGGGAUGUGAUAUUAAAAAAAAAAAAAAAAAAAAAAAAAAAAAAAUCAAAAAUAAA